AUGAAGUUCUCUCUUUCAUGUGUUGCUGCCCUCUUCGCAGCUACUGCGCUGGCCACCUCAGUCUCCGAUGAUGUCCUCGAAAAGCGGGACAAUCGUGGUCACUACACCGUCUCGGGCCUUGGAUGGCACAAGAAGGCAAUUCUCGAUGCUGGUGGCAACACCCUCGAUCUUGCCAUUGCUAUGCUCGAGAUUGAGGAUAUGAAUACUGGCCACUACCCCUAUGGCGACGCCAAGACCUACGACGCCGCCAACUUUGGUCUGUUCAAGCAGAACUGGGGCCAGCUCCGCGUCUGCGCCUCGCGCUACGGCUUCGUCGGCAAGUCCGAGUCGCAGUGGAACGAUGGAGCGAUUCUCAACUCCAAUGUGUAUGCGGAUGUCGCCUCCCGCUGGGACUGCCAGAACUACUACGGCUAUGACAAGUGGUUUGCUGGCCACCGCAACGGUGCUAGCGGUCUUAACAACCCUUACACCCAGGACAUUCAGAACUACAAGUCGGCUGUCCAGUGGAUUCAGAAGCAGAUCGACAGCAACAACGACUACAAGUACGACGAUACUCGCUUCUGGGUUGACGUUGUUGCCAUCUAA